GUCUCUCAAUAAACCUAGUCUCAUGAAUACGUAGAAGUCUUUUUUUAUUUCUGGAGUAUUUGUUUACACAGUUUUCUCGAAGGUCUCACUAGCAUACGAAGAGUUACUGAAUAAACUGCAGAAAACUAACCGCAGAAAACUAGACCACUGUUAUUUAAUGCUAGUAUUAGUUAGGUUACUAAUUGGUCUUGACACUCUUCGUGAAAGUGCGAUUCUUCGAUUGUAUACCAGCUGAACCAAUCAUGAGAUUAUCAGUAAUCGGACCGAAACUGAUACGACGGAACUCAACCUACACAGUGUCAUUUAGUAAUUCGUUGCAACACAACGUACGAUUGGCAGUUCAACUCGAUGGAUUUAGCGAAGGCAAUUCUGUAUUUAACAAAAGCACCAAUGUAGUGGUGGCCAGGAGAACAGGAAGAUCGGCGAGCUUCGAGGUGGGGGAUAUUCCAACUGGUGAAUACAGCCUCUCGAUUCGAAGUAUCGAUAGUAGCUUCGGGUACAGUGACAACGUUGAACUCCUGUAUGAUCCAAAGGUCAUAUCGAUUUUCAUUCAGACGGAUAAACCUGUAUACAAACCUGGUGAUAUUCUACGGUUUCGAGUGAUAUUAGUCGACGUCGACACAAGACCGGUAAAAUAUUUGAAAACCAUUAAUAUCGGGCUUCAAGAUGCAGACAAAAACUCCAUUCGAGAGUGGCAAUUUGCAAGGUUGUACAACGGCAUUUUUGAAUCGGCAGUUCAACUUGCUUCGUCGCCACUAUUGGGAAACUGGACACUUACGGUGAACACUGAUUACGACGCAGGACAAAAGCAGUUUGAAGUACGAGAAUACGUUCUGCCCAAAUUUUUUGUUAAAGCAUAUCCAUCAGAGAUUUUGCUCCUGCACAAGAAACAAGUUAUCGUAACUGUCGAAUCAGCAUAUACAUUUGGGAAACCUGUUGAUGGAACAGUGCAAGUUGAUUUAUAUUUAAAAGAAGAUAAUAGAAAGGCGGAUUUUUCCACUAAAACUUAUAUAUCCGGGGUAACUACAAUAUCAUUCAAUCUUAGUGAACCCCUAGAAAUUGAAGAUGAAUCGUUCAUCUAUAGGGAUGUAUUUGUGAAGGUUACAGUAAUGGAAACUUUCACCAAUCGAACGGCCAACGUCUCCCAAGCGAUCCCCAUCUAUGAACACCCGUAUAAAAUCUCUGUUAUAAAAUCCACACCACUGUUCCGACCGGGCCUGCCGUUUCCGAUAGAUGUAUCUGUAAUGGAUCACUACGAUAGUCCGCCUAGCAGUGACAAUGAUGCCGUAAUUGCAAUCCGAUUUGAAGGAAAUGACCUUGAGGAGGAAUUCACACUAACAGAACCGGUGCGAAAUGGUUUAGCUUCAUUGGUUCUAAAUCCCCCCGCAAAAGCGUAUUUAAUGGAAAUUGGGGUAAAAUAUGAUUCUGUUGAUUACGAAACAAUUGCCACAAUCGAUGGAGCUCAAUCGAAGAGCAACCAAUAUAUACGAAUUAUUCUGAAGCCCAAAUACAAGAUUCGAGCCAAUAAAGAAGUAGUGUUCGAAAUUAGUUGCACUGAAAGUAUGAAUCAUUUCUCCUAUACAAUCAUUUCGAGAGGUAGUGUGGUAACGGCUGGUAACGUGAUGGUUCAUAACAAGAAAAAAUACGACUUUCGACUCAAACUGACACCUCAAAUGGCACCUAAGGCACGGAUAAUUGUAUCUUAUACGAAAAAUUUUCUCAUCUAUGAUGAUUUAGAGCUUAAUUUUGAGACGUUCAAUAAUGACUUCAAGUUUACGUUGGAUACGGAGGAAUACAGACCCGGCCAGGAUCUCUACGUAGAUGUGGAAGCUGCUAGCGACUCGUAUGUGGCAUUCGCAGCAAUCGAUCAAAGUGUUCUGUUGUUGGAUCGUGAUGGACAUGAUUUCACUAAGAAUGAUGUACUGAAGGAUCUUAGUCUAUACGGAGCUACUGAUGGGAAUGAGUACGAUCCUUUUCAUACUAUGGGACUGUUCCUGAGAACCACUGCGGAGGUAGAUUUCCCCUUCGCGAGAAACACGCUCAUGCGUUUUGGAGAUCAAUUCUAUGGACUGAGUAAGAGUAUUCAAAAGGCGGUGCAUAUUAGAACUGAAUUUCCGGAAUCUUGGCUUUGGAAAAACUACACGAUGAGUAAAAAUCGGAAUGUUUUGUCAUUCAACGAUACGGUUCCGGAUACUAUCACUUCUUGGAUUGUCACAGGAUUUGCACUUAGUCCCACAUUGGGCCUCGGCUUGAUAAACCAGCCCCAGUCGUUUAUAGUCAAUCAGCAGUUCUACAUUGUGGUUAACUUGCCAUAUUCCAUAAAACGUGACGAGGUUACGUUGAUUCAAGUUACAGUAUUUAACUUUUUAGGUAACACUUUAACAACGGAUGUAACAUUGUUCAAUAAAAAUGAUGAGAUCGAAUUCGUGGAAAAAUCAUCAAACGAUACUACGCGUCGCACAAAGGCUAUUAUCGUACCGACCUCAAAUGGAAAACCGAUUUCAUUCAUGAUCAAAGCUAAAAAAUUGGGUGAAAUAGCAAUUAAAGUGGAAGCAAGAAACUUGUUGAAGUCGGAUGCAGCAGAACAUAUGCUACGGGUGACGCCGGAAAGUAGAUUGCAUGAAAAGAAUGAAGCAAGAUUCAUCGAGCUCGAUAGUUAUGGAACUCAAAGAUUCGACAUUCCCAUUGACAUACCGCAGAACAUAGACGAGGGCUCCUCAAGGAUUAUGUUUACAUUGGACUCGGAUAUUCUAGGAACAGCCAUAAAAAAUUUGGAGUCGCUCAUUCGAUUACCAUCGGGAUGCGGUGAACAAAAUAUGUUGAAUUUCGUUCCCAAUAUUGUCGUACUGGAUUAUUUGUCCGAAACCGGCACAAUAGAGGAGUCAGUGAAAACGAAAGCUAUCAAUUAUCUGCAGAGUGGAUAUCAAAAUCAAUUAAAGUACAAAUUGAGCAGCGGAGCAUUCAGUGUAUGGCCGAACAAUCAUCCAGGAAGCACGUUUUUGACAGCAUUCGUGGCGAAAUCGUUCAAGAUAGCUGCCAAAUAUAUCGACGUGGAUCUAGCGACAGUUAAGAAAGCAUUCGAAUGGUUGUCAAAUAAUCAGAAGCCAGAUGGGCGAUUCGAUGAAGUCGGGCAGGUUAUUCAUGCUGACAUGCAGGGAGGUUUGCGAUCAUCCAACUUUGCCCUCACUGCCUAUGUGUUGAUUGCCUUUCUGGAAAAUGCGGACAUAGCAAUGGAACACAAUCUCAAACUGAAGAGAACGGUACAGUAUUUGGCGAAUAAUUUCCCAUAUAUGACGGAUGAAUAUGAUCUUGCAUUGACUACCUAUGCAAUGUCGCUUUACAGACAUCCGAGUAGGGAAGACUAUCUCAAUAAACUAUUGGAAAACUCGAUUUUCAAUAAAACACUUCAGGUGCGAUAUUGGAACCGGCAUCCGGUUAGUGUCGAAGUGGCUGGGUAUGCACUUCUGUCAUACGUAACUCAGGGACGGUUUGUGGACGCUACUCCCAUCAUGCGGUGGUUGAAUCAACAACGUUUCGGACUAGGAGGAUUCCCUGGUACACAAGACACUUUCGUAGGAAUGAAAGCUUUAGCGAAGUUCGCUGCAAAAACUUCUGCCCAUAGAAAUGACUAUCGAGUAGAAGUUUUACACAAACCAGCAAGGAAACAUACCGUAGAUAUUGACAAGACCAUGGCGUUUGCUGUUCAAGAGAGAGAACUACCUAGCCACAUUCGUCAUGCACAGAUUACUGUCACCGGUAUCGGACACGGUGUAUUGCAGGUGGCCUAUCAGUACUAUAUGAAUAUUCAGAACGAUAAACCGAGCUUUAAGUUGGAUGUUGAAAUGCUCAACACUACUACCUAUAAUGUGCAACAUCUUCAAGUUUGUACUAAAUAUAUUCCAAAGGAAGCUUAUCAACGGUCCAAUAUGGCUUUGAUAGAAAUAUUUUUCCCGAGUGGCCUUGUUGCCGAGGCAGAUGCAGUACAAGAUCUAUCUCCACAGAAGGAAAUUCGGAGAACUGAGCUAAGGUUUGCUGCUACUUCAGUAGUGGUGUACUACGACAAUUUGGGAACAGAAACAAACUGUUUCAAAGUGACCGCGUAUCGUCGUUUCAAGGUUGCAAUGCAUCGGCCUGCUCACGUCGUUGUGUAUGAUUAUUACGAUCGAGAUCGCUUUGCUAUCAAGACAUAUGAGGGAAAAGUGAUGCAGCUGUGCGAUAUAUGUGAGGAUGAAGACUGCCUUACUCUGUCAUGUUAACAUAAACCGUUUAAUAAAGCUAUGUUACUUGAGGAGUAUUUCAAAAUUUUCGUUGAUUUUUGAAUGAAAUAUUUUUUUAUGGACGUUUUGAAAUGUUUUGAUCAUCGAUUUAAUCCAUGUUCCCACGUGUUCGAUUUUCAACUGUGGACGACAACGUGAAAAUUUUAUUUCUAAAUUUUCUUUCUAGUUCUCAAGUACUAGGGUUAGCAAUAGGGUUAGUUUCAAUUGGUAGUAAUAUCUAUUAUAAUCUAUUGAUAUUAAAAAUGAAAAGGGGUUUUAUGUUUGAUGGAGAGAGACUAUGAAAUUUCAGCUCAAUGGUUAUAAAUUUGUUUUCUCAUAAGCAAAUGCUGAACACUUACAGAGAUGCCAAGUAAAAAUUUCAAAUAGGGUAACGGUUCCCUAUUUCAUCUGAGCUCCUAUUUCCAUCUCAUCCCUUCACCUCAUUACUUUGAACAUGAAUAAUAUCUUAUAACGUACCUGAACCAAACUAUGAAAUGUUUUAAAAUGAUUACUCAAG